AUGAGUUUUGAUGAUUACAGUUAUUUGGCCUUUAUAGCUAUUGUAAUAUUCGAUAUAGCAGCUCUUUCGUUAUCUCUCUAUUUAUGGUCCAAAUAUCGGCUAUUUAUCAUUUCUCUUGUACACAAUGGUUUCUCUAGCCGGAAAAUUCGGCUUAAAAAGAAAUUAAGUGAUAAAAAUGAACAAAUAUUCGAUGAAAGGAACCUUAAUCCAGCUAAAUUGACCAGUUUGCUGCUUAAAAAAGGUAUUUUUACUAAUUUGCCAUAUACACAUUCAGAUACAUACCUGGAUCAACUAACAAAUUCUAAGACGUUCUCGUCAGGAAAAUUCGACGAUAAGAAUAUACGUUCAUCUGAUUCGAUGGAUAAUCUAAUUAUUACUAUUAGAGACACUAGUGGAUCUAUCGGUACAGAUGAAAUUCCAGGAGCCAGAAGACUGGCAAAAACCUUACACAAAUAUAAAAACAGCACAACAUGGUGGAGUUAUUUGUUAUAUGAUUGUUCAAAGAGAAUACAUAAUAAUGAAGCAAAGUUAUAUCUAAACUUUAUGGGACAGAGCUGUAGACUAUUACUGAUAUGCUUUUUAUUUUCUGUUUCCAUAAACAUUCUAGUUUUUAUCAUCUUCUUGUUCCAAAAGGAACCAUAUAGAUUUCUGAAUUACACAUUUCAGGAUAUGUUAAACUCGAAAACAACGACCUGGGCAUUGUACAUUGCAACCUGGGUCUACUCAUUUGUAACAUAUUAUUUCAUUAUGAAGUUUAGAGAUCAUUUAGAGGGAAAUAAACAAUUAAGUGCAAUUUUGAGGCCUCAACUACAUACAUUGAUGAUAUAUGGAUUUGAUAAAGCAGUAACUGACCCUUCAGUAAUAUAUAACCACUUCGAUAACUAUUUCCCUGGUCAAGUCAUCUCAGCUCACAUUGUCAUGAACCAUAGCCGAAGGCUGAUUUUAGAAAACAAGCUGGAAUAUGCGAAACUACAACUGGCAGGACUAUAUGACUCCAUUUCAAUAGUUCCUGGGUUUGAAUUGAGUCAUAAAUCUUCUGAAUCGAAACAACAUGAAGUAGAUGAAGAUCUGAUUAAUCUAGAACCUAAAUCCAAACUGAAAAGAUUUUAUAGCUCAACAUCACUUUUUAGAGAUCUGCCUAGGUCAGAUAGUUUGAAAAUUAGGUCAUUUUCUUGCCACAACCUUCACUACUCACCCCAAAAAAAUAAAUCGGAACAUAAGAGGAGUGAUAGCUCUGAUAGAGAUAUAUAUGGCAGAUACGGAAGGAGGAAGAGUAGAUUUAUUAAAAGAAUUAUGACAAUUAAAAAUCUAAAAAAAGAGAUAGAUGAAGAAAAGAGAAAGGUUCAAACAACAUCAUCUAGAAUCUGUUUUGUGUCUUUUGCAGACUCAAACUUGGUUAUGCAUAUCCUGAGAGAUAAGAAAAUUCUAGAAUCGAUGUUUAACUGGCUAAUCUCACCAGCACCUCACCCAAAGGAUAUAAUAUGGCUAAACCUCAGCAGAUCAGCUAACGAGAUUUUACUAAGAGGAUUUUUAAUCAAUUUCGUGGUAAUACUUUUCUACGUACUUGUGACCUAUUUUCUGGCAAAACUGAACAUAAUAAGGAGAUAUAACGGACCAAAGAAUAACGAAGGAGUUGCACAACUCAUCAACUCGUCAUUUUGGCAUGGUAUCAUUCAGUCCUUGGUUACCUUGUUUAUCAACUCUGCUGUACACCCUAAUCUUAUAUUUUUCCUCACCAAGAACAUUGGUAAAAUUUUCGAGUUUAUAAUUAUUUUAGGGAUAUGGACCCAUACUCGAUUUCAAAAAUACCUUCUAUUCGAGCACGUUGUAUACUUGUUCACAAGUACCAUCUUUGUACCACUCCUGGCAUCUAUGAUCGCAAUUUGGAGAGUUUUCGAUGGGAAUGUAGAUCUACUUUCAGUGGAGUUGGGAAGAAUACUGAUUAACACAUCGUGGAAAUACGUCACAACUUACAUAAUCAAUGCCAGCCUGUUGGUUCCAUGCAACCAACUACUUCAAUUAUCGCCACUGGCAUUAAGAUAUUUCAACCAAGCAGUAUUUAACACUGAUGAAGGGGUACCAUUUUUUGAUUUGGGAUACUGGUAUGCUUACCAUUUAUCUGUGUUCACCUUGGCUCUUUCAUUCGGGUUAUUUAUUCCAUACCUCCUUCCGCUAGCUGCGCUCUAUUUUGCAGUAAGAUUCUAUGUCGACAGACAUAAUAUCGCAUACAAUUUAUCGCAGUUUCCGUUUGACACAUCAGGAGAUAUAUCGAAAAUGGCAGUAAAAUCAAUGCUUCUUUGCGUUUCUAUUAUGCAGUUUAUGAUGUCAGGUGUUUUCAGUCAGAGCAAAAAGUUAUCUCCAUUCUUAAAUACAAUUUUAUAUAUAGCUCCUGUGGUAAGCUUCAAAACUUUCUUAAAAAACAAUUUAGACCACUUGGCUCCUCAUGUAUGGCUCUUAUACUGA